AGGAAGAAGAAGAAAGCUAUUAUCAAAAAAAUCUUAGCGGAUCAGAAAAGAGAGAAUGUUUUUAAGACAGUACCAUUUAACGUUAGUUCUAUUCCACUACUUGAAAUAUCAGGAGAAGAAAAUAUCUUUCCUGAUCUGCAAGAAGAGGAAGUUUCCAACAGCGAGAAUUUAUUGGAGGUUUCCUCAAUUUCCGAACUUUCCACGCUAUCCGAAGUUCCCGAAGACGACUAUAUGUUUGCAGAUGAAAUUGUAGUAAAUUAUGGUUUGAACUUGGAAACCGAAAAUCUGGACGAUGGUGGAAAGAAAGAGUAUACUAUUACCAAGGUUGUUUCAUCACCAAAUAAUGAAGAUACAUCUGAUGACUGUAUGUCAAGUGUACAAAUGAGCAUGACCGUUCAACAAAACUUAAUGAUGGGAUUGAAAAUCAACAGACCCCUUAGAUAUUGUCCUUUUUGUGAAUACAUAACAAUUGAAGGGCUUGAAAGCCACAUAAUGCAAAUGCAUUAUUAUAUUAUGAAUGAGCCAAUUGAAAAAAACAUAAAUCAACUGCUGUCGAUUCAAACAGAAAGCUGCAAGUUAAUCCGUCUCAACACUGUCCGUGAUAUAGUGGGCCGAAAGCUGUGGCAAGAUCUAACAAUUAGGAAAACACUGCACACUCUCUUAAAAAUGCUUCAAGUAGAACUGUGGCUAGGGAAUUGGGCAUUACCUAAUGCGCCAUUUGUUAAUCAUUUGGCACCAUAUGUCAAAGCUUCAUAUAUCAAUGAUUGGUUUGAAAAUGAGAAGAGAGAAGAGAUUGAUGAUCCUCCAUCAUCUCCCUCAUCAGUCAUAACAAAAUCAACCUCCAUCUAUUCGGAAGGCAGUGAACAAAACUUUAACUACAGUAGUCAUUUUUCUCAUGACAAUGUCGAUAAUAUAUCAGAAGGCAUUCCGAACGUUCCUAAUUAUUUCGAAUCAUUAACUGAACGACUCCGGAAUGCUGGUUUGCUGAAGAAGCUGAAUGUGGAUCAUCCACUUAUAUCACUUUGUCGUAAUAUAUUUAGGAAGAAACAACCCAACAAGCCUUUAGCUAUCAAUAUGAAAUUGGCCAUUACCAGCAGGGUGUUGCGUUAUGUACAAGAUAAAUGCAUUCAAAAUGAAUUACCUGUACACCAUUGGCUAGUGCUACUUCAGAAGCCAAAUUACAUUAUUGAGUACCUGAGACUUCGCGAAAAACUUGGCCAAGCUACAAGUACCACCAUGAACUAUUUACAAGUUUUAAUGCCUAUGUUUGCCUAUGCCAUGACAUCUUUUCCAUAUGAUGAUCCAACGUUUCCUAUGGUCGACGGGUUCCCAGACGAUAAAGUGAUCAAUGGGUUCAAGUAUACUCUUGAUCAACUUCUGGAAGUGUUUCCUGAUUCCAUAGAUUUUUUUUCAAAUAUUUAA